GCGGCUCAAGUUGUUGCUGUGGUGUGGGUUCCAUCCCUAGCUCAGGAACUUCCUUUAAAAAAUUUAAUGGCAUAUAGAAAUGUAUAGUUUAAUAUACUACACUUAAAAUAUUUCUUCUAAUUUGUUAGACAUACUAUAACAGGGAUAUUUUAUUGAGGCCCUCUGAAAAACAUCUGGUGCUAGGACCUAGUGGAAUUUAGGCGACUUCAGUAGGAGGUGAAACACCACACCCGGGGGUGUGGUACUGUGCAGGCAGGCACAGAAAAGCCAGUUCUUCCACAUUUAAGCUACUCAGACUUUCAUCUCUCUCGUACUACCUCCAAGAUUCCAGGAGCAUUUACACUCGCUUAGGAAACCAAAAACAUGUUUCUUGCAAAGGCUCUCUUGGAAGGGGCAGAUCAAGGUCUCGGACAAGCUCUUGGAGGCCUUCUUGGAGGUGGCGGUCAGAGAAGAGGAGGAGGAAAUAUUGGAGGGAUAGUUGGAGGAAUUGUGAAUUUUAUCAGUGAGUCUGCAGCAGCUCAGUACACCCCGGAACCACCACCCACUCAGCAGCACUUCACCAACGUGGAGGCCAAUGAAAGUGAUGAAGUUAGGCGGUUUCGGCAGCAAUUCGCACAGCUGGCUGGACCAGACAUGGAGGUGGGUGCCACUGACCUGAUGAAUAUUCUCAACAAAGUCCUUUCUAAGCACAAGGAUCUGAAGUCUGACGGCUUUAGUCUUGACACCUGCCGGAGCAUCGUGUCCGUUAUGGACAGUGACACCACUGGGAAGCUGGGCUUCGAAGAAUUUAAGUAUCUCUGGAACAACAUUAAGAAGUGGCAGUGCAUUUAUAAGCAAUAUGACAGGGACCAGUCCGGGUCUCUGGGAAGUUCUCAGGUGCGGGGGGCUCUGCAGGCAGCAGGCUUCCAGCUAAAUGAACAACUUUACCAAACGAUUAUCCGCCGAUAUGCAGAAGAGGAUGGAAGAAUGGAUUUUAACAGCUUCAUCAGCUGCCUGGUCCGCCUGGAUGCCAUGUUUCGUGCCUUCAGAUCCCUGGAUAGAGAUGCCGAUGGCCUGAUUCAGGUGUAUAUCCAAGAAUGGCUUCAGCUGACCAUGUAUUCCUGAAGUGGACACUGAGUCAGGCCUCUCCUUAGAGGACAGACCUGUUGGAAGCCUAGCAUGCUUUCUGCACGGUUGCAGAUACCCUAUCCAGAACUGUCCUUUCCUACCGAGCUCUUUCACAGUCCUACCUAUUUCUGAAUUUGUGCUGCUCUUUACCGCUUAAUUAAAACAGGUUUUUCAGACAGAGGUAUGUGGAAUGAUUGGACCGUGGGGACCUGCUGUAUAGCACAGAGAACUCUACGCAAUAUUCUGUGAAAAUGCAUGCGGGAAAGAAUCUGGGAGAAUGGAUGUGUGUGUAUACUUGUGUAAUUCAAUCACCUUGCUAUACAGCAGAAAUUAUCACAACAUUGUAAAUCAACUGUACGUCAAUAAAACUUUAAAGAAUGAAAAAAAAACCCAGAUUUUUCAGGGAAAAAAAUGUUCUGAAUGGUUUGCAUAUCAGCUUUUUGAGAUAUGGGAUUUAUAUGGACUCAUAUGUGUGACGCGGGGAUGCAGGGCAGGGCUCUAAUGAAGUAGAGUUUAAUAGGUCAUUGAUUAUUUGGUGAAUGAAUCCCAAAGAGCAGGAAAUGUGUUGUUGUUAAGAAUGCAAUUUUGAAAAAAAUCCUGGAAUAAAUCAAGAAAGCUCUCAGGAGAUACAUUUUUUUUUUUUCCUUUAAAAAGCUGAGGAGGAGGGAAAUUCAAAAUCUAAAUCUGUUUUUCUCUUUAUCACAUCUGGUCUUUCCAUUACAUAAAAAAAUAAAAUAAAAAAAGGAAAGGUGUUUUCCUGGAAACCUAUUUAACUCUAUAGAAACAGGUUUGGAAAUGUGAAAUUAAGCAGUUUUAUAUAAAGGUAGUACUUUUUUUAAAUGGUGGAGCAACUGUCUAAAAUCUAGGCUUCUUUUGUCCUAUUUCUCUAGUAAAAUAAGCAAGUAACAGUUUUGUUUUGAUAUAUUUGUAAAGAGGACCAGGGCGUUGGGAAUGGAAGGAUGUUCUUGUAGUUGAAAUGUCUCUGGUUGCCUUAAUGAAUCAAAAUAAUCACUCCUACAUGCACUUCACACAAAAUCAGGCACGCCCAGCCGAUGUGAGCCAGCUCUUGUCCUGUCUUGCCCUGCCUUGGAGCAAGGACUAUGCUUUCAUUCGUUUGAAAACUGCAGGCAGGGGGAAAAAAGUAAACAAAGAAAAAAGAAAAGAAAACAUACAGAAAUCAUAAUCAGUUAUUUGCUAUCUAAAGCAACAGAGAGAUAUGUAAAUAUUGCUGAGUCUAUUGCAGUGGUUCUCAGCCCUGACUGUAGUUAAGAAUCAUCGGGCAUACUGAUAGCUGAGUCCCACUCCAAAUGAGUUAAAUAAGAAUCUUUAGAGGUAGAACCCAGAGAUGAGUAUUUUUUCAAGCUCUUGGGCGAUUCUGAUGGCAACCGAGGUUGACAGCCACUGCUUUAAGUAUUUUCCUUAUCAGUCUCAGCUGAAAACUAAGAAGGCCCCGAAGGAGUCAGUGUUGCCAGCAUCAGAAAGAAGGAAGAUAGGAACAUGGAGAAACUGCCACCCCAAAGCCGUGUUAGUUGUGCCUGUCUUGUGAAUGGCCCUUGGUCUGGCUUUUUCAUUUAGAUUUAGGGGGCAAUAAAUAGAAUCCAGAAUCCUGGGCCCAGAGACUCAGCUAGAGAGGCUGCAUUUGGAAGUGCUCCGUUCAUCUGUCUGUUAUUUAAUUAGUUUCUACCCUUCCUGAUUCUCUGGUUUUUAAUGCGUUCCCUCUCUCCCAGUCUACCUUGGAGGAUCACCCUGAGUGUGAAGAUAAAUCCUUCCUCUUUUGACUCAUUUAGAGGCAAGUUGUAACUCUGGAAAUGAUGUAGCUGGCGUGUUAACAGCCCUCGGCUGCCUGUUAGGACACCCCAGUGAAAUGAGGAGAGGCUGGCAUUUGGGCCUCGUGCACACCAUCAUCACCAUCAUAUAAUAUUUAUGAAACACCACAUGUGUGUAAUUCCGAAUUGAGCCAAGCACAGAGGUCACGUUCAAAGGGCUUACAAUUUAAGCUUGGUCUUGGGAGCUCAUUAAAACAGGUGCUGUUAUAUAAGAAUAAGGCUGCUGCCAGAAACCACACAUUAAUAUCAGGAUCUCUGUUUUAGAAUAAGGCCACUAAUAUGUUAGGAAUAGUUGUAGUAAUAGAGGCAGGAAAGGGGAAAUCUGCCAAGAUGCCUUUUAAGGUCUCAAGAUAUGAAGUUUAUAAUUUAACCUUUCUUUGUGAUCGUUGGGGGAAAAUGUAGCCCCACUUUUCUCCUUUCACUUCAUUUUAAUGUUUUUUGAAAGUUAAGACAGUUCUCUUUCUCUCUUACUAGAAAUUAAUUAUUUCUCUUGCUCCUUAAUUUAAGGGAUUACUGACUUUUAUGAUUUUCUUCCUCCACACACAGGGAAAGACAUCCUAAAGUUCUUUAAGUUUCUCUUUUGUUCUAUUCUGAAUUUGCAAAAAAAUUGUACAGAUAACUGUAGGUACUGGAAUGGAUCCCAGAAAAUUUAGUCCAAAGUCUGGAUUUUUCCAGGUAACCAAACCAUCGGCAUUUUGUAGAACCAAUAGCCUAACGGGUGAUUGAAUUUCUUAGUUUCCAUCCAGGGAUUUUCUUUUCUUUCCUUUCCUUUUCUUUCUUUCUUUUUAGUUGAUGUUUUAAAGGCACAUUUUCCAUAUAAGAGGGAAUAUUUACCUGAUAAUUUUUUUAAAAUUUUGCCUUUUCUACAUGGAAGACGACUUAUAGCCUAAGAUGAAGGACUUUAACUCAUAUAAUUCCAUAUCAUUUUUAAAUUUCUAGAAGCAAAACAGUAUAGUAAGUUGAAAAUAAUAACUUUGUUUAAAUGUGAAAUUAUAUAUCUACAUUUUUAAAUUUCAAAAUAUCCCAUAUGAUUUUGAAAAACACCUUAAUCAUGAUAUGACCCAUUGAAUUCUAUCAGCUAAAAACAGCAGGAAAAAGAACUAUCUAGUCUGUACCUAAAAAAUGGCAAAAGUCCAAAAAAUAUUCAAAAAUUUUAUAUCAUCUUAAAGGUCACUUUAAAGGUAUUUUUUGAGUAAUAGUGCAUGUUUUUAAAAACUGUUUUAUAUAUCAACCUCAGUCAGAAAUUUCAUUGGUAAUAUUGUACAAGUAACCGAUAGUAGGGCCUUAAAAUGUAUUUGCAGACACUUCUGCAGGGCACUGAUAUUUAAUGUACCUAUUGAUCGUGAAGUGCUUUCAGAAUUACUUUUUUUAAAUGUCUAUUUUUAAUGCUAAGUGGAUUAAAACAAUUUAAUUCCUAGAAAAUUGGUAAUGCAAUUAUAUAGGUAGGUAGAAAGAUGCUCUUAUUAAAAAUAUUGAGGAAGGAGAAUACUUUAUCCCUGACUCUCCCUGGAUAACUGAGAAUUUACUGAAUUUGAAUAAUAGUAAUAUUCUUCCUGAGGAGUUCAGUUGGUUUUUAAAGGAAAGAACCACAGAUUUGAAGUAUAAUUUUUUUGACCAUGGAAUGGAUUUGAAUUUGAAAAAUUAAACAAGUGCAUUUUGCUGUACAGCAGAAAUUGACAGAACAUUGUGUAUCAACUAUAAUAAAAAAUUUAAAAAAGAUAAAUGAGUGCAUUUUGCUGUAUACCUUUUUAUUACCUAUUUUUGAAUAUGUUUUAUCAACUUACCUGCUUUAAUUUGAAUAAUUGGGAGUGAAAUUACCUAAAUGUUAAUUGUCAUUAUGGCAAUAGCUAGCGAGUUUGGUGACCUGAAGUAAAACUUAUAUCUCAAUUUUUUUCAUUGUAAAAAUGAAGACGUCGAAAGGAUAACUUUUAAGAUUCUUUCUAGUUCUAAAUUUUAUUAUUCUGAAUUUAGGACUUAAUGUAUUGUUUUAUUAGUCUAAUAAGAAAAUCUCUCAAAAUAAUUUCCAUGCCGCCUUUUUUCCUUUUCAUUACUAAGAUGAAAACUUACAAAUAAUUUCUCAUGUGAUUGAUUAUCAAGAGUUUGCUUUUAAUUCUUUUGUCAGUCAAAACCAUUCAUUUAAAACUGUUAAUGAAAAUCAGGGGUCCAGAAUAUUGCCUUAUUCUGUGAUUAGCAAUAAUAUUAAGGGUCUUUUACUUUUCUAUUUCUCCAUGUGAAAAAUAAGUUAACAUACUUGACCUGUAUUGUACCCAGGAUUCAGUAGUAUAGACAAAAAUUGGAUGCCUUACAAUAAAUUCAAAGGAGGAUUUCCAGUCAUAGUACCUAUGACUGUAUCUUCAGUGUCCAUAGAUCAUUUUUUUUGGCCACACCCAUGGCAUAUGAAAGUGCCUGGGCCAGGGAUUGAACCCACACCACAGCAGUGACC